AUAACCAAAACAAUAAAUUACAUUGGCAUCUCCGCAUCUCUCCAAAGGUAUAUCUCCCCUUCCCCUCGUGUCUCAUACCCAUCGAAUUCUUCUAAGCCUUCCUGCCAAAUCCUGGUUUUGUUUUCAUCUGAUUCUCAGCCACCCUCUUGCCAAUUCCUUGGAUCACUAUCCUGAAUUUCAUUCAUCAAGAAUUCCCUCUAUCUGGGUCCUUCUUCCUCCUCGGCGUUCUUCAAUUUCAGAAAUGGGUAACAACCGACAAGUUGAUCAAGAUUCAAGGGUGGGAUUCGAAUCGAAUGAGGGGCAGAGCGAGCGUUCUUCCAAGGUUGGGAAGGGGAAGAGAUUGUGGAAGAAAGUGAAAUACCAGCUGGUGGAGUACCACAUGUUGCCUGGUUAUUUAAGGGACAAUGAAUUCAUUAUUGGCCAUUAUCGAUCGGAAUGGCCCUUGAAGCAGGUUUUGCUCAGCAUUUUCACCAUUCAUAACGAGACGCUCAAUGUCUGGACGCAUCUGAUUGGAUUCUUCCUUUUUCUUUCCUUGACUAUAUACACUGCAAUGAAGGUUCCCAAGGUUGUGGAUCUCAACAGUUUACAGUAUUUGGCUGAAAUACUGAAAAAAGCUGAUCUGCACAAACUGCAUUCAGAACUUUUGGCUUGUCUCCCUUCCUUGCCCAAUAUCCCUGAUUUGCAGAGACUUCGUGAAGAGCUAACAAAUUCAUUACCUUCAAUGGAUUUGUUAUCAUCACCAUCAACUUGGCAUAUUUUUGAGCUCCUCACAAACUGCUUGCCUGAGCGGUUGUUUCACAUCAACCACACAGAUGAUUUUGUUCUGCGUAGUGUAAAGGAGGAUAUGGGAAACAUGACAGCACCCUUGAUGACCACACCGAUCACGCGGUGGCCGUUCUUUGCCUUCUUGGGCGGGGCUAUGUUUUGCUUGCUCGCUAGCAGUACCUGCCACCUACUCGCAUGCCAUUCCGAGCGCGUGUCGUACAUCAUGCUUAGGCUCGACUACGCGGGGAUUGCAGCUCUCAUCUCCACCUCAUUCUACCCUCCAGUGUACUACUCAUUCAUGUGCAGCCCCUUCUUCUGCACUCUCUACUUGGGAUUUAUAACCUUUCUGGGAAUUGGCACAAUCUUGGUUUCUCUCCUUCCAGUCUUCCAGAAACCCGAAUACCGCGUCAUCCGAGCGUCCCUCUUCCUCGGAAUGGGUUUGUCUGGAAUAGCUCCCAUUCUACACAAGCUCAUCUUGUUCAGGAACCGGCCUGAGGCACUUCACACAACAGGUUAUGAGCUCUUGAUGGGGGCAUUUUAUGCUCUCGGGGCACUCAUUUACGCGACGCGAAUUCCCGAGCGAUGGAUGCCCGGGAAGUUUGACAUUGCAGGGCACAGCCACCAGCUUUUCCACGUAUUGGUAGUGGCCGGCGCUUACACGCAUUAUCGCGCAGGGCUCGUGUACCUCAGAUGGCGGGACAUGGAAGGGUGUUAGAGAAAGGAAAGAUCGUGGGAGAGGGCGAGGAAUGAACUCUUAUCUAUGUUAGUGCAUCCAUAGCGAUUAGUUCUGUGUGUAAUGAGAGAAUAAGCUCUUCCUCCAUUGAUGAAUGAAAGGGGAGAAGUGGAGAAUUGGCGGGCUCUGUAUUUGAGAGUCUGCCGGCCGAUGUAUGGCUAAGGUUGCAAAUAGGGGUUGGUAUUGUAAAUUGUAAUUGUUAUAAGCGGCCCACAUGCAGAACCUUGAAUUUUAAUCCAAGUUCUAGUAGCUAGUUUAUUCAUCUUA